UAGGAGAUAGGGCCGCACUCGCAAACCCUAGAUCAGCUUUUGUUCACACUCCCUGCUGCCACAAUCGCCGCCGCCGGCACCCCGGGGCGCCCGUUCUUCUUCCGUUAGUUGUAGCGUUUUCUCACCAUGGCGGAGGCGGCGGUGGCGUGGUGGGAAGAGACGCAAGCGUGGGAGGAUCGCAAGGUCUCGAUCACUAAGGAGAUCCAGCUUCUCACCAUGAGGAUGGUGGACAAGGAUUUCUUAUCCGGCCUGAGCGAGGCCGGGCGAGCAGCGAAGCAGGACAAAGCCCAGGAAGAGAACAUGCGCUUGGUCAAGAUUUUAAUCAACACCUCUAUGUUCGGGUGAAGAAGCCGGAUUUCUCGUGCAUGACCGAGUCCGAGCGAGCGGCUGCGGCGGAGAGGCUGAGGGAGAAGGAGCUGGAGCGCGCGCACCUCCUUCGAGCGCAGGGCCGCCCCUAUGUUCAGCCAGAGAAAAUCACCAGCUUACUCGACUUCGAUCCCAAGAAGGGGGGCCUCUACUACAACCGAUAUGCCUUCGUCGAUCUCCAAACAUUUGACCUCGAUGAGGAGUCACCCUUUGGUCCGAUGAGUUGUACUUAUGCAAUCAAGGACGCAGACCUGUGUGGGGCUGUAAACAUCCUGUCUGUCAAGAUAGCCUCUUCAGAUGUUGGCUUCCCGAUCCAUGUGUAUGGCACUGUCAUUGUCAGGGACAGUCUGGAUGAGAGGUGUGUUUAUCACUUCCGCCGUUCCAGUGACCAUUGCCAGCUCAUCAAUUCUGAGGCUGAAUCAUUGAUCUUGACUGGGCCAAAACGAGGGCUUGCAUUGUUAGGUGAUAUCUAUGUUGAGAUUGAUCUGAAGAUCAAGGAUCAUCUAGGGCAGCACAGAGAGCUUAGUAAAGGAAUCUUUAUCAUCAGAGGCUUAGCAGGUCGAUCGUUGACAGGAUCCAUGGUUGAAACCAAAUCUCUUGCUACCAGGCUCCGCAUGGUGGAUGUGACGUACAGUGUUAUUAAACAUGCAUUGGAGGGAACUAUAGCAUUUGAAGUUCUGCAGGGAGGUUUUCAUGGAAAAAUCACUGUCUGCACCAGCAGCAUCGAGGACGAACUUGUGCUCUAUGACAGUAAAGAUGCUGACGCAUUGACUGUUGAUGACUGUGGAAAAAUCCAGCUUAUGCGACCUGUCGUAUCUGUCAAUGUGACGGAUUUGCUGAUGAUUGUUGCCCGGACCAGUGAUGGUAUAUCUGAGAGAAUUGUAUUUACUCCAAGGGUCAACAGAGGAGAGGAUGAUAUACUGGCUGUUGGUGCUACCAAGAAGCAUGUGAAGGUUUUUUGUUCAGCAAUGGAUCCCUGAUUUAUUUGGAUUGUCCCGUUGAUAAGCUUCAUGGCAAUGUCAUGUCUGAUCCAGUAAUCCUGUAGUUACCUUUCACCGUUAUUAAGUUAAAAUGUGAACUCAGUUGGACAUGAUAAGUGUGUGUACCUCCUGUGUGUUGUGCUUGGCUUAUUACUUCUACCGUGUUGGUUGUUAUGCUGAACUACUACUAUCCAAUGUGUUGUGCUGAUGUUGAACUUAUGUAAUAUAUCGUGUUGAACUAAAUUGUUGUGUUGCA